UCCAAACGAGGCUGAGUGUUGAAGCACCUGGAAGAAGCCCUGUGCUUUGGUGAGCUGUUAAAGAAUUGACCAAAUUCCAACAUAAGAAAGAUGUAGUUCCCCUCCACACAGCACCUGCCAACAGCACUGGCUUUGAUCAUAUUACUGUUACUAUAUAUCAAAUAAGCCUCUUAAAGCUGAGUUAGAACAAGUGCACCCACUGCAGUCAUCACUGAUCAUCUAACCUAAAGUAACCACACCAGAGUGACUACAGAUGAUAAUAUCAGGGAAGAAUAUCUUUUGAUAACACUGACCAUUGUAAAUGAAAGAACCUCAGUAAUUCUUAAUCCUUGAUAAAGUUUUGAUGAUAUCAAAUUAAAAGUGACAAUUCUGAACCAGGAAUUACACAAAAUCGCCGUAUCAUUGACAGUCUCACAAAAUGGCUUUCCCCCAUGCUCACAAGACUGUCAUCGUGAUUGAUCACAGUCCACAUUUUUCCGAGUCGUGCAAGCAAGCCAUAGAGUUUGAUGUACUUUUCAACAAGAACCGAACAUCGGGGAUCAUUCCCUUGGCUCCUGUGAUGAAGAGCAUGUGGACUUGUAAUGUGGAGGCCGUUUUGGAAUACUGCAGGAUUGUGUAUGAUGUUUUCCCUAAGAAUAAACUGAUUCGUCUAAUUAGCAGUGAUAGUGCGGCCAAUACUAUGAACACUUGGAAACAGCAGGAGCAGCUACUGAAUCAUCUUCUGGUGCUCUUUUCUGCCAUCAAGCCACCCUUGGCCAAGUCCCGUAAAGCUGACUUCAAUAUCAUGCAUGGUUUGGUGCGUGCCAUCGAGGUUCUCUGCGAGACGUCGGAGUUACAGCACAGAAUGAGGACGUCUUUGUCCCCAGAUGACAGUGCUGUUGUCAACAGGGGAAGGGUGAUAUGUCUGACAACCCUGAAAAGUGAUGCCCAUGUGAGGACCAUAGAGGAAUGUGUACAAGACACCAUUGUACAACAUAAUAAACUAGCUGCAAGCUCAGACAGUCUGAUUCCAAUUGACCAUUGUGAGUUAGUAUUGCUUCACAUAGUGCCUGUGGGGGAUGAUUCUGCUGUAACUGGGAGAACUAGAAAAGAGAUUUCCCCUCUGCUCACUAGCGAGGUACAUGUGACACAAUCAGGAAAGUUCAUCGCACUGAAGUUAAUGGAGCUAGUGCAGAAACACUACGAUUUGUUCUCAACGACAGUGACUGGGAUUCCCAUGAAGGAAGAACAAAAUGCAAGUUCAUCAGCCAAUUAUGAUGUGGAACUCCUACAUUCAGCAGAUGCACACAGGGAAAUAAUGAAAUCGGAUCACCAGGAAGGCGUGGUCAUCCAGUCAAAGGAAGGUCUUCCCACCAUGACAGUGGGGUUGAAGUGGUGCACACCCAAGUCUAAUGUUAUAGAGUUACAGAACUGUCUUGGUGCAUACAGAGUUACUCCUGUAGAUGUGAAUAGUCGGCCAUCACAGUGUCUCACAAACUUCUUACUCAGUGGAAGAGCCGUGAUGUUAGAACAACCCAGGAAGACGGGGAGGGUGAUGUCCCACAUGUUAGCAAGUCAUGGAGGAGAGCUAUACAUCCAUGUACUGAGUAUAGCCAGGUCGGCCCUGGAGGACCCCCCUUCCAUCAGUGAGGGGGCAGGAGGGAGAGUGACUGAUUACAGAAUACAGGACUUUGGAGAUUUUAUGAAAGAAAACAGACUAGCACCGUCAAAAGCUGGGGUGUCAGCAGUCAAACCCAUUGAAAUAGCCAAGACUCAACUUGAGAGGAUGACAAGGCAUUGGCCCAUAGUAAUUAGUAAUACAAUCAUUUUCAACAUGGUGUCUCAUCUUGACCCCUUGCCGUCCCUGAUAAUGAAGGAAGCUCUUGAGGAGGAAGAAGUGUUAGAGUGUAAGAAGGCUAUCUACCAUGUUGUGGGUAUGGAGUCCAGGAAUGACCCAUUGCCUGUGCCUACUCUUGGGACCAGGGGGAAAGGCCCUAAAAGGGACGAACAAUAUCGUCAGAUGUGGAAUGAACUAGAAAUGUUCAUUAGAGGCCAUGCUGGCACCUCAGCCAAUCACAACGAGGUUCUCAAAUGUCUGCUGGACUGUAAACGGCCAGAGGAAGGAAAAGGCAGCAGCAGCUCACCAGUGAAGGUGAAAGAAGAGAAAGCUGAUCCAUCACGGCAAGCGGAAGCUGCUUUGAGGGAUUAUGAGAAGUAUCAGAAGAUGUCAGAACGAGAAAAACAAGAUCUGAACAAAGUGGAGAUAAAAGACUCUCCAGACUCCCCUCCUCCUGUGAAGCAGCAGAAGAUGUCCACUAUAGGGAAAGUAACACCAGGGCCUCAGUCGCUACUGAGUUUAUGGGCAAACAGACUGAAGAGCCAAAGUACCAAGAGACACAAAGAAUUUGAUGGGAGACUGGAAAGUGAUGGACCACAAGCUGAGCUGUACAUUCAUCUAAAAGAAGAAUUGCAAGGAAAUACACCAGAUGGAAACUUUCCACAGAACAAAGGCACUGCUGCUGCGAAGUUAAAGACAAGCUGAUAGUUAUGUGAAGACUUGAAAGAAAAAUGAUUUCUAUUUGACACAACACAUGUCCUGGCCUUACAGGAGACAGAUUCUUUAAGUCACAGAAUGACUUCAAUAUUGCGGCCACCUAUACCUUAAAUUAGGAACUAAAGGCUGGGUAGUACGUUUCAUUCUGGUUGACUCACAGGACACACUGAGCUGUAUACUUCUGACUGAGUAAAAACAAUGCCAAAAUUAUAUAACAUAGUGACUGAUACAAACAUAAGAAAUAAUUUUACCUGCUCAUUUGUGAAAAUGAGUAGUAUUUUAAGACAGUGGAUAAUCAAAACAGCAACAAUGUUUACCAGUUGAGGCAGGAAAAAGAAUAGCCCCAGACUCCACAGAUGAUGGCUGUAGGUUCAUACACCACUGCAUGUGUACAUGAGAAAGUGUCAAGUAUCAUGGUAAGAGAAGAAACCUGUUGGUAAAGACAAUUUGGGAUUAUUGAUGUACAGAAAUGGAUCUAGGCAAGAAGGAAUUGGAUGGAUUAUGAACUCCGAUAUAACAAAGUAAUUGAGCUGGGAUGUUAAACAAAGUUGGACAAACAAAUCAAUAGCACCAGUUUUGAGCAAAGCCCAGAGAAAUGUUUGAAAAAAGUGCAUUUACUAAAUAGAUGCAAAUAAAUGAUUUUGUUUUCAACAAUGAUGGGGACAAAAUGGAAGUGAUCUUUUGUAGAAUAAUUUUGGCAGAAUUACAGCAAAAUAAACCACAAAUUUUUAAAUA